UUUCAUCAAUUCUCCAUGGAAUUGGUGCAGCGCCAAUAAAAGAAGUGCCCGCCUUAUUUCUUGGUCUCCCUGAAGGGUAUAACUCAUCUGCCUCAGAGGAAGGAGAAAGCUGGACAUCUUAAUGAAAAAUAAAAAUAUAGAUGUAGCAAAAUAUUUACAAAACGACAGGAGAUGUAGCUGAGGAGUUUGGAAAGAACAAGAAGAAAUUUCUUUAGCCGUAUCUUAAAACUGUAGCCAGGCGUCAGUGUUCUCUCUUAUUCAUGGAUGGAAAGAGCAAAUUAAAUCUAAGAAAUUGGGACUUCACUGAUAAUCGGCAUUCCGAAUCCAUGUUCAAGCCCGGUUUGGGUGUCUCCUUCCCAGAGAGCAAUUCUUCAGUUUAUCAACCUGGUUUCCUGAAGAUUGGUGCAUACUCUGAUCGCACUACUGUGAUGGAUGAACACCGUUCUGAAGCAUCCUCUGUAAGCUUCACAUGGGUUCCACAAAGAAGCUUUCUUCAUCCCACAAAAACCAUUAAUCACUUACAGACAAUGCCUGUGAUUUCAGAAACGUUCAAUAUGUCAAGCAUGCCAAUUCAAUCUAAUAGUUCAGUGCCGGAAUCUCCCAUUGCUGCUAACCCCAUUAAUGCCAGAAAGCAACAAUCUUCAAAGAACAAGGCAAAAAAUGUCGCUACCAAGGUUCUAAGACCUAAAGCAGAAAAGGGCACAAAGAAGAAAGGAGGUUCUAUGUCAACAGGAAAGCGAGAGAAAAAGAAUCAAGAUGAUAUGUUCAAUGGUGUUAUGAUUGAUCUUUCAGGUGUCCCUGCACCUAUAUGUUCUUGCACCGGCAUGCCGCGGCAAUGCUAUAGGUGGGGAGCUGGUGGUUGGCAGUCAUCUUGUUGCACCACAGGCUUGUCGGAAUAUCCCCUCCCAGUGAGCCCGACAAGGCCGGGUUCGCGGAUGGCUGGAAGGAAAAUGAGCAUUGGAGCUUACACAAAGCUACUUCAAAGACUUGUGGCUGAAGGACAGGACCUCUCAUAUGGAGUUGAUUUGAAGAAUCAUUGGGCAAGGCAUGGCACUAACAAGUUUGUGACUAUCAAGUAGCACAAAUGAGUUGCUGGUACUGACUCCUCUAUCUUUGAGUGUUAAAUGUUUAGCUUCCAAGCUUCAUUAUUUAUGCGUUGUAGUAUAUCUAUUGACUAGUAGUCUAGGCUAAUGCUAUCAGAAUCCACGUAAUUACAGACCUGUUUUAUGGAAUUUUUCGUUAAGUUUUUUUUCCUGAUAUAA